AGCCCGCUCCCACACCGGAGCAGAGUUGAAUCCGGAGUCAGUCCACUGAGGAGCCGCACCAGUUGAGGAUAUCACACACCGACCACCGCGAACAUGGUCGAGAGUUUUGUUGGGACGUGGAAGAUGAUCUCCAGCGAGAACUUCGACGACUACAUGAAAGCAGUCGGUGUGGGCUUCGCCACCCGCCAGGUGGGGAACCGGACCAAGCCCAACCUGAUCGUGAGCGUGGACGAGCAGGGGGUCGUGUGCAUGAAGUCCCAGAGCACCUUCAAAACCACCGAGGUCCGCUUCAAGCUCGGCGAGCCCUUCGACGAGACCACCGCCGACGACAGGAAGACGCGGACCGUGGUGAGCCUGGAGAACGGCAAGCUCGUGCAGAAGCAGAGCUGGGACGGCAAGGAGACGACCAUCGAGAGGGAGAUCGCAGACGGAAAAUUAAUAGCGAAAUGCAUAAUGGGGGACGUGAUCGCAGUGAGGACGUACAUGAAGGAGGCGUGAUGGGGGGGGGGUCCCCUACCCUCAGCCCCCCUCGCCCCUCGGACGCGUUGCUGGACGACAGGCUCAGUUCAAUGAGCGUAACACCAAGCUGAAGUGACGGCACGUUUCUGCUCCUCCCGCUCCUGUUCACUGUGCUCUCCGAAAAUCACAUUUCUGUGCUUCUGUUCUCCAACAUGACCCGUUUGGUUUCAUUUGGAAUUUGUUGUGGUGAAUUUGAAUAAAAACGAAUGAAAAAUUU